AUGACUUCACAAGAGCUCAGGCAGCAUGUGGUCGUCAUCACGGACCACCUCGCAUGUGACACCUACGGUGGAGUCGAGGCGAUCAAGUGGGCACGAAACAGCUACAACGACAGGCAUCCUGCCCAUGUCAUCUUGGACCUGACGAAUGAGUUCGGUUCCAAGUUGUGGCUCGGCGGAUCGAAGGCAGGCACCGACACUAACCUGAUGAUCAGGAAUGGAAUCGGAGCGGUGUGGCCUGCGGCCAAGUCGGUCCAGCCGGAUGACACAGCGGCGAUCCGUGUAUUGAGGUACACAGAUGGGACUGGCGUCGUGCACGGCAACGUGAACAUGGAGAGCGUGCUGCAGCAGAUCGACAAUGUGAUCUCCUUGCUGCACCGCGGCGUGUCGGUCCUCAUCUGCUGUGUCAACGGAGCCCAUCGCUCCGCGACACUUGGUGCCAUGACGCUCAUGCGCCUUUUGGGCUGGUCGGCGACAGAAGUUGCGAACUAUGUCUCCACAUUGCGCAACAUCGUCGACCUGAACAGCAGAGCGCCGCCAUCGCAGUACAGAGUGAACACUAUUCGCCCCAUCGACUUUUUGAUCGAGCACCAAGCAGAGAUCGCUGGUAAAUCGGGGGCCUCAGGCCUGGUCCAGGUCGGCAGCAACCAGGAGAUAUUUCCUUCCACGAGAUAUGCGAACGCCCUCAUCACCCCUGUUCAGUUUCGUCGGCGCUGCAUAGAAAUGGGGUUCGUCCUUUCAGGCAAGGGCAAGCGGACUCGCCAGUCGUUGCCAGGGCCACAGUCAUUGAUAUCGUCGAUGCCGCCGCCGCCCCCGCCCGGUCAGGUGCGGCAGAGUGGCACAAACACGGACUCCUCGUACAUCAACGUUCCGACGGUCAGUGCCGCCAGUGCAGAUGAUGAGGCAGUGGACCCACCAGUUAUGGUUGAAAUUGAGGUUGCAGACGACGAAGAGAACGAGGAGCCCACCGUGGAGAAGGCCUGCGAAAAGGGUGCAGCCGAAGCAGAGGAGCCGGAGUCAGACUUUGAGAUGGUGACCUGCGAUGACGAAGGCAAAGUAGCCGAUGUCAAUCCAGAGUCGCCUCCGCAGACGCCCCGUGCAAACUGGACUUCGGAAGACUUUGCACGCCUGGAGACAGUGAUGCGCGAUCUGGGGCACCUGAACCGCCAGCUGCUCUCUUUCAACAAUGCUGAGGUCGAGGAGGAUCAGGCCCAGGCUGAUGAUCAGGCCUCGGCCUCCGGCCCGGUAAGUGACCAGAUCGCAGAGCCAGGGCAGCAAGCGGCGGAAGCGGAUGAGCCAGGCGGCACCAGCGCAGACCCCGUGGAAUCGGACGAGGUGGCCCGGGACGAGGCCUUGGGCCAGGUUGAUGAUGAGCCUGCGACUCCUGCGACGGCCGAGUCCGGAGAGCCGCUGGAGCCCUCCAGUUUGGACCUCGAGAAGACGAUGGAAGCGCUCAAGGCGCAGGCGGCGGAAGGCGAUAAGGACGAGAUGCUUGGGAGGCUUUUUGGGCUACUUGAGACCCAGAAAGUCCAACAGCAGGCUCUAUUGUCGAGACUGCAAUCUCGCCAAGAAAUGGACGAGAGAAAGAACGUCAUCUUCACAGCGCUGUACAAUCGCGACAUGACGCGCCUCAGGGCGGAGCUCCAAGCGCUGACGGUCUCUGACCUCGUCUCAAUCAGAGACGAAGAGGGGAUGACAGUCGCCCAUCAUGCCGUGCGUUUGGGCCUUGGGCCUUGUCUGGAGUAUACUCUCCGGAAAGCCCCGACUCUUGCGGAUGCCGUGACGAACCCCUCAGGUCGCCCAGCGAACUGGACGCCGUUGAUGGUGUUGGUUGAUGCACCACCAGGAUCUUUGGGAGGCACGGACUACGCCUACGACAUGUUGAAGGUCCUGGUUUCCUACAUGAGCGUCACAGGUCUCGUGAAUCUCGGUCCUUUCAAGUCUCCAACAGGGGCGACAGCGUUUCACAUUGCAGCCUCUCGUGGGAACCACCGUGGGCUGCAGAAGCUUUUGUGGUCCCUCUACCACAAGAGUGGUGGUGACAGGAACUCAACCUACGCAUUUGGCCUGGUGACCUCACUCGUCAACAGCCCCGGCUUGAAGCGCGGGCAGGGGGUCGUCGACGCCGCACUCGCGAACAAUAUCGACUUGGCGAUGUAUGUGAAGCGGAAUUGGGGCGGGGUCGAGCUUUUGUCUCCCCCAAGCCGCGGCGGCUAUGCUGCGUAG